AUGACACCCACCUUCACCAUUAAAGCCAGCCCCGGCACCGACGUGUGGCGCAAACCACCCACAACAGACGUCUUCAACGCCCCCACCUCUUCCCCAGAAAACACAAAGUCCACCUCCCCUCUAUCCACCUUCCUCUCAGCCCGCGUCUCCUUCCUCCUCCCCUCCACCCUCAAACAAUACGACCAAGCCGGCCUCCUCCUCUCCCUCCGCCCCCGCACCAGCACAGCAGCAGCAGCAGCAGCAGCACCAGCAGCCUCAUCAGACAAGGCUCCCGAUACCGCCUCUCCACCACCACCACCACCCAAGUGGAUCAAGGCCGGCGUCGAGAACUACAACGGAACCCCCCGAGCAGCCACCGUGGCGUGCGAUGCCUGGUCGGACUGGAGCCUGGCCCCUGUGGUGGUGACGACAACGAGCGGGGAGGAGAAUGAGGGCAAUUGGGUGACGAUCGCGGUGGAGAGUGGGGAGGACGAGCUGGGGCGGAGUUUGUGGGUGUACCAGGUCGUCGUCGCCGCCGAGGGCAAGGAGGACAAGGUCCCGCUGAGGGAGGUGUGCUGGCCGUUUGGGCAUGGUGGUGGGGCUGAGGACUGGGAGGUCAAGGUUGAGGCGUAUGCGUGUCGGCCGAACAAGGAGACGAGCGAGGAGUUGGAGGCUCAGUUUAGAGGGUUUGAGGUGAAGUGGGUUUGAGAGAGAGAGAAUGGAUGAGUCUACCAUGCCUUGAAAUUACUGUCUUCAAGGAGAGGAGAAGAAGAAAGCAGAUGAAAAGGCUGCAAAAAAAAAAAGACAUGUCAUCUACACAUACAGACACGCGCAAUAGAGAACAGACGAGUUUG